GUCUCCACGUCUGUGAGCUGCAGUCUCUUUGUCCUCUUUGCGUAAAGCAUGUCAGGCUCUGGGCGAAAAGACUUCGAUGUGAAACACAUUCUGCGACUCCGCUGGAAACUCUUCAGCCAUCCUUCUCCUUCCUCUAGUGGCCCGGCGGGAGGCAGUUGCCUGCAACAGGAUGGCAGUGGCAGCUUUGAGCACUGGGGGCCCAGCCAGAGUCGCCUACUCAAGAACCAAGAAAGAGGGAGCAUGAGCACUUUCUGGAAGAAGGCCUCUUCUUCCUCCUCCUCUUCUUCCUCCUCUUCCUUCAACCCUCUCAAUGGCACCCUGUUGCCUGUAGCCACAAGGCUGCAGCCAGGGGCCCCUGGACAGGGCCCCCAGCAGCCUUCCCGGACACUCUACUAUGUGGAGUCUCUAGAGGAGGAGGUGGUGUCAGACAUGGACUUUCCUGGACAACAAGAAAAGGGGCUGGUCCUGCAGGAGCUCAAAGUGGAGCCAGCCCACUCGAGCCAGGCAACAGGUGAAGGAUGUGGACACAGAUUGUCGGCAAACAGCCAUUCUCUGACACCUCAAAGUGACAUGGACUCUAGUAGCUCCGAAGAAUUCUAUCAGGCAGUUCAUCACGCAGAACAAACUUUCAGAAAAAUGGAAAAUUACUUGAAGCAACAGCAACUCUGUGACGUUAUCCUCAUUGUUGGGAACCGAAAGAUCCCCGCACAUCGGCUUGUUCUGAGUUCGGUCUCUGACUACUUUGCUGCCAUGUUUACAAGUGAUGUUUGUGAAGCCAAGCAAGAAGAGAUCAAGAUGGAAGGCAUAGACCCCAAUGCCCUCUGGGACCUUGUCCAAUUUGCAUACACAGGUUGCUUAGAGUUAAAGGAAGACACCAUUGAAAAUCUCCUUGCUGCAGCGUGCCUUCUUCAGCUUCCUCAAGUAGUAGAAGUAUGCUGCCACUUUCUCAUGAAGCUUUUACAUCCUUCUAACUGUUUAGGAAUCCGAGCCUUUGCAGAUGCUCAAGGAUGCAUUGAAUUAAUGAAAGUGGCCCAUAGCUACACAAUGGAAAACAUAAUGGAAGUUAUCAGAAAUCAAGAGUUCUUACUCCUUCCAGCUGAAGAACUCCAUAAACUCCUUGCCAGUGAUGAUGUCAAUGUCCCUGAUGAAGAAACCAUCUUCCAUGCACUGAUGAUGUGGGUCAAGUAUGACACACAGAGGAGAUGCAAUGACCUAAGUAUGCUACUCGCCUUUAUAAGACUGCCACUGCUUCCACCACAGAUAUUGGCUGAUCUAGAGAACCAUGCAUUAUUUAAGAAUGAUUUGGAAUGUCAAAAGCUGAUUCUGGAAGCAAUGAAAUACCAUCUGUUGCCAGAAAGAAGAACUUUAAUGCAAAGUCCCAGAACUAAACCUAGAAAAUCGACAGUUGGAACUCUGUAUGCUGUAGGAGGAAUGGAUAACAACAAAGGAGCUACAACUAUAGAGAAAUAUGAUCUCAGAACAAAUUUGUGGAUCCAGGCGGGAAUUAUGAAUGGCAGGAGGUUGCAGUUUGGCGUGGCUGUUAUUGAUGACAAACUCUUUGUAAUUGGAGGUCGAGAUGGUUUAAAGACUUUGAACACUGUUGAAUGUUACAAUCCAAAAACCAAGACAUGGACAGUCUUACCCCCAAUGUCAACACAUAGGCAUGGUUUAGGUGUAACAGUACUUGAAGGCCCUAUCUAUGCUGUGGGAGGCCAUGAUGGUUGGAGCUACCUGAACACAGUGGAGAGGUGGGAUCCUCAGAGUCAGCAGUGGACAUUUGUAGCCAGUAUGUCCAUUGCCCGCAGCACAGUUGGUGUAGCAGCAUUAAAUGGCAAGUUAUAUUCAGUUGGAGGUCGUGAUGGAAGUUCCUGCUUGAGUUCAAUGGAAUACUAUGACCCCCAUACAAACAAGUGGAAUAUGUGUGCUCCUAUGUGCAAGCGGAGAGGUGGUGUUGGAGUGGCCACUUGUGAUGGAUUUCUCUAUGCAGUCGGAGGUCAUGAUGCACCAGCUUCAAAUCACUGUUCACGACUACUAGAUUAUGUGGAGAGGUAUGAUCCCAAAACAGACACAUGGACCAUGGUGGCUCCUUUGAGUAUGCCUAGAGAUGCUGUUGGAGUCUGUCUCCUUGGUGACAGAUUAUAUGCUGUUGGUGGCUAUGAUGGGCAGACAUACCUCAACACAAUGGAAUCAUAUGAUCCACAAACUAAUGAGUGGACACAGAUGGCUUCUUUGAAUAUUGGAAGAGCUGGCGCCUGUGUGGUAGUCAUCAAGCAACCUUGACUUAUUCCUAUUUCCAGGAAUUUUAUUUGCUGGAAAGGUUAUUUUUAUAUCAGAUGACAAGAAUGAGAACUGCUUAAAAAUUCUUCAAGGACAAGGAUUUCUGUAGAUUUCCCUGCUGAUGUUAAAGGCAGUAGAAAAUCAAAUGGAACUGUAGGAAACAAGAAAACAUCAAAACGUUAGAGUAAUAACGUCUGGCCAUGUUGUAGUUAGUACAGGAAUGGUUGUUGGUAAUUUGUUCUGUAUUGUAGCAUACAAUAACUAGAGUUACCAAAGGCUUGCUUUUCUUGAUUAAUUAAAAUAUAUCCCAAUAUUUGUGAUAUGGAUAAUUUCAUGACCACUAACCAUUCAGUCACUUUGUAAUCUGUGGCAAAAUCUAUGAAGUUGCCAAGAGUAAAAGACAUGUUAUUUCAUCGAAUUAAAUAUGCCGGGGUUACUGUUUUCCCAAUGAGAUAUAGUCAUAAAAGGAGGCAGAAAGAUUUUUUUAAAACAUAAAUGCUACUUUCUCAUUUUCCUAAGCCAAAAUGACAAUUAUAGAAACAGAUUCAUGUGUGUAUCUUGCAUUCAGGAAACAAAUUUUCCUGCAAAUUAAAGCUGCAUAUUUCAUCUGAGUUGAUGGUUAAAUUUCUUGCAACUGUGUUAGCAAUCAAAGGCUGGCAAGAACAAAGGCUUGUUUCAGUUAGGCUUGCCACAUUACUUUGCUUUAUAAACACACUGAGCCAAAGAAUCAGUAUAAUAUUGGGCUUUUGCCUUAUGUUGAGUUCAGUGUGAGCAUGGGAGCUACUCAUUCUGAAUGUUGAACAUACCCAUUGCAUGUCAAAGUCCUUUAGAAUUUUGUUCUUGCACACAGAAAACAAUUAUAAAGCAAAAAUUUAGAUUUUAAGAGGAAAGAAAUAUAUGGACCACUAAAUUGGAAUGUUUCUGACCGUUGUUACCAGGCAUUCCUUUCUUUUCAAAGUUAUUACAUUGCUGGACACAUCAUUUUAAGUCAAAUGUUUGUAAUCAUUCAAACCAUAAAAAGAAAACAUUUGAAAAGUCUUUAAUUGAUCCAUAUGAAUUUUAAAUAAUUAAUAAAUGAUAGAAAAUUUGC